CCACAAUCUCUCCGUGACAAAGAAGAAGAAGAGAAAGGCUGCCACCAGCUACCCUGCAUCUGCAUCUGUUGUUUGUGUUUACUCCAUUUGCUCCCCCUCCCCACUCCCAGCGCACCGCUUGCCCGGCACGCUCACCACUGCCAUAGAGGGAGCCACGCAGCGAGACUGCCUGAGCUUUUGAGAGCGGGUGAUAACUGGCGAUCGUCGUCGUGGAAGGUUGACCCCUUUCGUGCCAGUCACAACAGCCACAUCGCACAAGCCAAACACUACUGCCCUUGGCACUGCUGAAGAAAGAAACGGCUCAGCAUGGACCGGCCUGGCAUUGCGGCAACGCAGGCCAUGGAGCGCCACCGCUCCCCAUCAACGCCAUUGCCGCCACUGCCGGAAGGGGCACCACGUCAAACCAUUGAGAACUACGAACUUGGCAAGACAAUUGGCAAGGGCAACUUUGCAAAGGUCAAGCUUGCGCGGCACAAGUUUACACAGGUGGAGGUGGCCAUCAAGAUCAUUGACAAGCGAAACAUGUCUGACAGCAGCCUCUCCAAGCUGAUGCGGGAGGUGCGCAUCAUGAAGAUGCUUGACCACCCGAACAUUGUCAAGCUGUAUGAGGUCAUUGACACGUCGGAGAAACUCUACCUUGUCAUGGAAUACGCCAGCGGCGGGGAAGUGUUUGACUACCUUGUCAACCACGGCCGCAUGAAAGAGAAGGAAGCGCGCAUCAAGUUUCGCCAGAUUGUGAGCGCGAUCCAGUACUGCCACUCGAAAGGAGUUGUGCACCGCGACCUCAAGGCAGAGAACCUCCUCCUCAGCCAGGACCUCAACAUCAAGAUUGCGGACUUUGGGUUUGCGAAUCAGUAUCGGAGCGGGCAGAAGCUUGACACGUUCUGCGGCAGUCCGCCCUACGCUGCGCCCGAGCUGUUCCAGGGCCGCGAGUACGAUGGUCCCGAGGUCGACGUGUGGAGCCUCGGUGUCAUCCUGUACACGCUCGUGUCAGGCACGCUGCCGUUUGACGGCGCCACGCUCAAGGAUCUUCGCGCCCGUGUUCUUCGCGGGAAAUACCGCAUUCCUUUCUUCAUGUCAACAGAGUGUGAGGAUCUGUUGAAGAAGUUCCUUGUGCUGAAUCCAACACGCCGCACAUCCCUCACUGCCGUCAUGACAGACAAAUGGAUGAAUGAUGGCCACGCCAACAAUCCUCUCGAGCCCUUCGUGGAGCAAGAUCCAGAUUUUGCCAAUGAGACGCGGCUUGCGCUCAUGGAAACGCUUGGAUUCCGCCGGGAAAGCGUGCAGCAGUCGCUGCGGUCGCGCCUGUACGACCACCACACGGCGACAUAUCUGCUCUUGGCCAAUGCAACCGCCCGCCUCCCUGCGCCCGUCGCACCCCCAUCGCGCCCGCGCCUCCCGCGGCCCAUGACCUCCUCGGCUCUGCCGGUUCACUCAAUCCCCGACCGCCGCUCGUCCGUCUCCGCAGCGCCAUCCGCAUCGUCGUCGGCGUCGUCGGCGUCACAGCAGCGCGCACCGGGCACGGGCAAGCAGCUGCCAAAGCGGCCAACCAGACACAUGUCCAUGUCUGCUGCGCCCCCGAUUCCGUCGUCGUCGUCGACCACGGCCGCCUCGUCCUCCGCUGCAAAACCGCCACAGUCGCAGCAGCCGCAGGACGUCGCCACGCACUUGCAGCACCUCUCCCUCAAGGCGCGGCGGCGGACGGUGACGGAGGGCGCUGUGCGCUCGACACACGACGGCGAUGACGCCCCACGUGAGGCCGCUCCCUCAGGCGAUAGGCCAGCAUUCUUCUCAAGACUGCGCAACUCCUUCCGCCGCUCAUCCGGCGACCAAGCGCGCCUGCAACGCACGCGCCCGCGGUCGCUGCGGUUUUCGUUCAGCACCGCCAACACGAGCGCACGGGCGCCGGAGGAGCUAGUGGACGAAAUGAAACGCGUUUUGGAUGCAAACCAAAUCCAAUACGAGAUGUCGGACGGGCCGUUCUCCCUUGUCUGCACGCAUCGCGCCACCCAGUUCGAGAUGGAGGUGUGCAAGCUUCCGCGCUUGUCGCUGAAUGCUAUCCGACACAAGCGCAUUUCGGGCGCAUCUGUCGACUACAAGACCAUUCUCAGCAAAAUCCUCAACGAAAUGGAAUUAUAACCGAUCUUUCAUGCCUCCACCUGCCUCGCUUUUCCGCGUCUGACCUCGUGGUCAUCGUGGCACCGUGUGUCUGCUUCACAUCUCUGUUUGUGUGUGUGUGUGUGUGUCAGCUUCAUAUUGUGAACACAGUGUCCGCUUCGCCUGCUCGCGUGUAUGCCUGCUUGUUUGCCUGUCUGUUUGGUUUGUUUGCCUGUGUAUGAAGGGCUUUCCUCUUGCUGCGUAUCUCGCGGCUCCGUAUGUCUCCACCCCGCCUUGAUUUUUCCUUUCCUGCGUCGGUUGCAUGACGCCGAUGAUGGUGAUGGCUGAUGACGUUGUUGUUGUUGUUGUUGUUUGAUCGCUCUCGCUGCUUCAGCUCUCCUUUCAUGACACUGUGUUGGGCUGGUGUGCUCACUUGUUCGAGCAUGGUUUCCCCUGUUUGUUUCUUUGAUGUGGCGUACGAUUGUGUGCUUGUUUGCUUGCUUGCAUGCAUGUCCGCAUGGUUGCUUAUGAUUAUCCCACUGUGUUGGUGUUGGUGUGUUGCUUGCCAUCCUGUGGUCGCCCAUUGGUCCUCGUCCGCGUGCGUGUCGGAUUCUGUUACACCAGAUGCCAUCGUGCUUUCGUAUGGCUGUUCGCUUGUCCCUUGCUCUGUUCAACAUUGCCUGCAUGCAACUCCCUUGUUGCUGCUGUCCACAUUUGUUUCGUCUGACCACAAUCGCUCGCGUGCUUGUUCGCAUCACUACCAUCACCCCAUCACCAUCAUCAUCAUCGUCGUCGUCGUUGUCAUCAGUACCAACGGUCAUCAUUUGUCCAUCUUCAUAUCCGGUCAC